UCUACUGGAAUAAAUCUUUUCCAUUUUGAGCAGAAAUCUGUAUACUAGUUAUCCCCUAUGGAUAGUUGAAGAAAAGACUUUUACUCGGACAACCAUCUUUUAAAAAUAGUUUUACUGAAGAUUUCAUUCAGGAAUAUUUUUUGCUUAUUGGCAGAUGGGCAGAUGAAAGAAUGGGCAGAUAGUUGGAAAUCAAACUUUCUCCCGAGUAGAAGCAAACCUGUGGAGCCCGAACAAUGGAAAUAGUUGAUGACAGUCUACUUGAAAAUGGAACCAAUAUUUCUGCUCUUUUUUGUGAUAUUAUCUUGGAAAAUGAUACAUUUUUCUGUGUGGAUGACUCACCUCAUCCUGCUAAAGAUUUGCAUCAGACAGUUCGGAUUCUGCUGUAUUCCUUGAUAUUUUUGCUCAGUGUGUUGGGGAACAGUCUGGUAAUUACAGUGCUGAUAAGAAACAAAAGGAUGAGGACAGUCACUAAUAUAUUUCUGCUGUCACUGGCUGUCAGUGACCUGAUGCUUUGCCUUUUCUGCAUGCCAUUCACCCUCAUUCCUAACCUGCUGAAGGAUUUUAUCUUCGGUAGUGCUGUUUGUAAAACUGCCACCUACUUCAUGGGUGUCUCAGUAAGUGUAUCCACAUUCAACCUGGUUGCCAUAUCUUUGGAAAGAUACAGCGCCAUUUGCAAACCUUUACAGUCUAGGGUCUGGCAGACAAAAUCUCAUGCUCUGAAGGUGAUUGCUGCUACCUGGUGCGUCUCCUUUACCAUCAUGUCCCCAUACCCAAUAUACAGCAAACUGGUUCCUUUUACAAAACCGAACAACAGUACAGCUAACAUGUGUCGCCUGCUUUGGCCAAGCGAUGUCAUUCAGCAGUCCUGGUACACAUUUCUGCUACUCAUACUCUUUCUUAUACCUGGGAUUGUAAUGAUGAUUGCAUAUGGCUUAAUUUCCUUGGAACUAUACCGAGGAAUUAAAUUUGAUGUCAGCCAGCGCAAGUCUUCACGAGAAAGAAAAGCCAGCACUGGCAGUAACAAGUAUGAAGAUGGAGAUGGGUGCUACGUUCAGAAGAUGAAAAAGAAGAAGAAGAUGUCACUGCAACAGCUCUCUAGCACCAGCAGCACCAAAGUAGACAGGGCAAGAAGCAACACUUCAACAGCCAAUCUGAUGGCUAAGAAGCUUGUCAUCCGCAUGCUGAUGGUGAUAGUGAUGUUGUUUUUCCUUUGCUGGACUCCCAUCUUCAGCGUAAAUGCAUGGCGUGCAUUUGACACCGCUUCGGCGGACCAGCUUCUGUCAGGAGCUCCCAUCUCCUUUAUUCAUUUGCUGUCCUACACUUCUGCCUGUGUGAACCCCAUCAUCUACUGCUUCAUGAACAAGCGCUUCCGCAUGGGUUUUCUAGCCACUUUCACCUGCUGUACUAAUCAAAAGCCCCCUGCAAUAAGAGGAGAGAUGGUUGAUGAAGAAGAGGGGAAGACCACAGGAGCUUCUCUCUCCAGGUGUUCUUACACACACAUGAAUGCCUCUGCUCCCCCAUGAGCUGCCACAGAAGGAGCUACAUUUGGCCAAAUUCGGUUACUUCUCUUCUCAUCUGGUCUUGGAAAGGUGAUUAGAGUUUGACUCAUAAUGUGACCUAGUUCUGAAGACAUCAGAAACACCUCAGUUAAGCAAUCAAAACUGAUAGGAAAGGCAGUGGGAAUGUGAGAAAUGGAUGCUGCUGCUUGUCUGGGCUUUUUUAGCAUGUCUUUUAAAAGCAGACUGGAAAUACUGGGCUAAUAUUUGCUCUGAAGUUUCCUAUACAAAUAACUGUAACCAAGAGGGUUUCUUUGCAUCAUCAGUUUAGCUCACUCUUUUAAAUGGAAAAUUGAAAGUCCCAGAUACCAUUCAGAGUAUUUCUUGAAAUUUCCAAGAUGCUAAAAUGCUCCUUAUUAAUUGCAUUAUAAAAUUGGUAUUUUUACAUGCUACCGUUAGAUAUCUAUAUCAUGAAAUCAAAAUCUGUAUGUUAUUCUGAUAGCAGUUUUUAUUGUUAUUUUUGCUGAGGUACACUUGUUUUUAAAUUAAUUGAACACCAAGGCAAAGAUGGAAGCAAUGGGAAAGGCUAUAGAUCCAAAGCACUGCUUAAAACAAACUUUAAGUAGAUGAAUUUUAUUUUUUAAAAUUAACAACUAUGAAUGUAAAUGGAAUAUACUCUUCCUUCAAAUAGAAAUCUAUGACAAAUUUUAAAGUACAUGUAAUAGAAUAGUUUUGCGUAACUGCAGUUUGAACAGAAAGUAAAAGGACGAAGGAUUGACUUUCAAAGUUGGCCACAAACAGUGACAGACUUACCUCUCUCCCUCUGUGUAUGCAUGGGCAAAGCCCAAAACUAGACUGUUUUGAAUAUAAAAGCGUUAUUACUAGCAUACACACAUGUUAGUGCACAGAGGUAUUUGCAUAUAGAAGUCUGCACACAGGCACCAAAGACUGGGAUGGAGUCCUCUCAAAAAAUAAGGACUGCCAUAGAAAAUAUAUCUUGAUUAAAUAAGAAAUAUAGAAGUGUAUCCAAAAAUCUUUUAUGCUGUGGCAAAGCUUAGGUGUGAAAGUAGUAGUAGUUAAAUGGAGAAAAGUAGAAAGCAGCACAUAAGCAAAGACUGGGCACAAUGUAAGAAGUGUCUAUGGUUUGCUUGUAACCUAUGAAACGAGUCUCUCUCCAGAUAUACCUAUUUGUGUAUAAAUUUGGUAUAGAGUAGAAAGUUAUGAACUGUGUAUUUCAUCUGUUUUGUUAUGUAACAAAUUCAAUCUUUUCUUAUUCAGCAUAUGGGUGAGUAUCAACGUUCAGACAAUGCAUACAGUUCUCCAGAACUCGACAGUAGCAAUUACGUAAUUUACACUGAAUUUUAUCUUGUUUUGUGGAAGCUUCCUAUUAAAGUCUUCUGUCUUCUAGUCUAGUCAGUACGAUUUUUAAGAAUGGUAUGAGGUAGAUAUUAGACUUUGGAAUUGAAUGGAAUAUAGAUGUGGAUAUUAAAAGAAAACGCUGUCAAGGUUUUUAAUCUUAAAAUCUGACUCACUUCAGACUGAUUUUUAAAUUGAAAAUACAUUUUGGAUUCCAAGUACCCAACUCAUCCGUGAGUUCUAUGCUAGCCUCAGUACUCACUUAUGACUUAAAGCUCUUUUGCCCAAAUAACUGAGCUGCACAUUUUUUUUAAUCUAACUUGUCCACUGCCAGGACAUUAAAAAAAAAUUACAACUGCAUAUGUGGGAUCUAUAAAAACCAUGUUCUGCCUGCCACAAUAAUGAACUAGCAUUAUUCCUGGAGUGCUCACAUUGAUCUGACACUUUGUCUUUACUUAGUCAUAACUCCCAUUGAAUUAAAUCCUGUAAGUUUUCCUUAAUCAAGGAUGCAGAAAAAGACACUGCACCUGGUCUAGCAUGUAGGACAUGGCAUACUUUUCUGCUGUACAGCAAGUUGAAAUUAUUAAACAAAACCAGCAAUGUUAAUUUAAGCUUUAUCUAGAACAUUGGGAUAAGAACAAAUCUUCCUGACAUGGAAAGACACAACCGGUAGGGAAAAUUUUAAUAAUUUUCAAGUGGAACUAUAUUUCAGGCCCUCAGAGAAAAAAAUAAUCAGUUUCCUGUUAAAAACUAAAGUAAAAUAAAAAAGCUUGACAGUCUUUUACUAUAAUAUAAACAGGAGUCUGUACUCUUCAAAAGGUCAGGUCUGUUAUACUGUGUAGUAUAUAAAUCGUUAGUUAGG